AUGAGCAUUCGGGAGCUGCAACCGCUCAAGCUAGUGUCUUCUUGUUCCGUAACAAUCAAGCACGCGCGACCAGCUGAAGCGUCUCGAGCUCGUGUUUCCGUCGGCAUUUUUCUACUCUAUUUGGCUCCUGCUAUCACGUCUGCCCCACUUUUUGACGGAUCUAUUGAUGCAGAACUAGUCACGGACGAUAUUGGCACUGUCGUGAAGAAGAAUGCGUCGUUCGCUCCUGCUUAUUUCUUAGAGACUGGGUUCUUAAAUGCGUACGAGAAUAAACCCACAAGUUUCCUGAAUUUUACGUUUCUAAACCAAUCUACUUUCUCGAAUGGAGCGUGCUCUAUCUUGGACUCUAAUGGACCGGAAUGCAUCCUAAUGACGGGACAUCAAGGUGGUGUGAGUGCCUAUGGACUCUCGGACAUUGGAGGACUGGUGGCUUCAGGAACAUGGGUAGAAAACGGUCGAGAAAGUGUUUUUGUUGGACUGAAAAAACCUCCAAGUUGUGUAAACGAGAAUAAAUUGCAGAUCAUUCCCGAUCUUAGUGAUAUUCGAGGUAUGUCAGGAGCGUUCAUUGCCGCAAUUAAAGGUCCGACGACUCAGUGGUUUGAUUUUAUGGACAUGCCGACUUCAGUACGCGAGCGGAUGUUCUACGUGGUAUCCAAGCAAGGUACAGGCCAAGGACUCACGAUUCCAUCCAAAAAGAGGCAGAGUUUUGCCAGAAUUAUCGCAUCAAAUACCUGUGGAUCGACACUGGCUGAUAAACUGGAGAUUGCUACACCUUAUCAAGGCAGCAAGUACGUGAAUGUUAUUCUGUAUCGGAUUGCAGGAGCAUCAAUCACUCUACCCAGACUGCAAUUUACGUUUGUAGUGGCUGCCCAAGCACUGGCAUUAUUGGUGUUUAUGAUCCUUGUCAAUGCGCGCAAUGGGGCAUUAAAUACGUAUCAUUUGAUUCAGCAACUCUUACGGCUACCGACGUUCUGUAUCAUUGCCGUACAGCUCGUGUAUGUGUUGUAUUACCAAGUCUUUGACAUCAUGUACCUUCGUGGGAACAGUAACAGUGCACUUCGAGCUAUCUACGACAAGAAAAUCGUAUACGUUGCCGGUGUGAGCUUCAUUCUGCUGCAUCAACUGGACGUGCGUGCUGCCGUUACUUUGUGGCCAAAAAUGGCAAAUAAUGACGCCUACUAUUUCUCUCGAAUGGCGAGAUCCGACGCACUAUAUGGUGGCUUCUUCGUCGUCUUGGCCACAGAAUGCUAG